AUGAUCAAAUUAGAAUCUCAAAUAUAUUUUUACAAAUACGAAAAAGAUUUAAAAAAAUCUAAAGGAGAAAAUCCCGACAAAACAACAAAUCAACAAACGAAAUCCCAACCACAGGACAAAGAAGAUGAUUCGAAAUUGAAAAAAUUCAUUUCCGUCGAUAUUGUACCCAAGAAAAAUUUAUUAAAAGACGAACAGAAUGAUGAUGAUAAUAAAGACGACAAAAACGACGAAAACGACGAAGACAACGACCAAAUUCAAUGUUUUCAAGAUUUUUUAAAAAAUGAAAUUUUACGUGAAAAAAAUUUACUCAAAUUGUUGGAAUCUCUCACGAACAUGAAUAAUAUUUUAGAAUCCGGACGACCUCUCCUUCUAGAAGACGUUUCGAAAAUAGAUAACGAAUACAUGAAAUCCAUAUUGAAUUUAUUAGAAAAUACCGGGGUUGCGACGAUUGAAAAAAACGCGACAGGAAAAGGUAAAAAGAAAAAAUUAGAACCCGUUCGGAUUUUACACAAAAAUCCGGAAAUCAGUCAGAGUAAAACUUUGAUUGAUGACUGCGAAGCGACCCCCUCGAACCCCGUAAAAAAAAAUCAAAUGAAAAAAACCAUAUCGAAUUGUAAAAGAGAGGAAAAGUACAACAAAAUCGAUAGAAUGAGUAGCGAAAAAGCAAUCAGAGCACCCAAAUUGGAAAACGUCGACAACAAAAAGAAAAGGGGUUUGACGAAAAAUUUCAAAAAGAAAGAAAAUUCGAAUAAAAUCGAAAUACCUUUCAACGACGAAACGGAAAAGGUUACGGAGAUUUGGAGGAGUAAAAUCAAACCUUCCGACACGACCGUCGUUAGCCGAUCAUCAAAUUCUCUCGAUUUGGAAAGUGAAAAACUCGACCCUGAAUAUUUCGGUAUCAAAUCCUACGAAAUGUUAAGAAAAACUGUCGAAGUCGAACUUCAAAGAAUUUGUAAAAGUUCGUUGAAAUCUUGGAACGGCGAUGGUUUACUACCGGAAAAUAAAAUGGAAGCCGGAAAAACAAACAACGAUACUAAUGUGGAUAAGACGUCACGUGACGUUGACAAAAUUAAAAAUUCCAUAUUGAUCGAUAAAAAAUUAUGCCCCCUGACGUUGUCGGAAGUGAAAAAACUUGAAAAAAGAUCGGGAAACAAAUUAAAUUUAACGACUAUUAAAAAACCCGGAAAAGGAGACAAAUCAAUUCCGAAAAGGAGUGAAAGAAAAUUAAUUUCGAAAACGAAUAAAAUCGAAUUCGAUAAAAAAAACGAUCCGAGUGAAAUCGUCAAGGAUUGGUCAAUUGUUAAAAGGUUGGAACAAGCUUUCCUCGCUCUGAGUACUCCACCCUUUCCCGAUAAAAAAUUUAAAAAUACGAAAUUUUCCCAAAGUCUACCACCGGAAAUAAGAUCGAAUGAAAGGUUAGCCGAAGGUACGAGUCGGGAAGUUUCGGUGAAAAAAUUAUUCGGUAAAAAUAAUUUAUCCGACACUCGUUACGUAAACGAAAAUAUAAAUUCGUCCAAUUGCGAACGUGAAGUUUCCGGUUCGAAAGUAUCAUCGACGUCGAAAAAAAUCCGGAAAGUUAUUACGGAUACGAAAAAACAAAAUCCUAACUUGGAAAAAAAUAUAAAGAACCUUAAUAACGGUGAUACUUGCGGACGACAAAAAUCGGAAUCACUCCAAGGUACGACCGGAAAUAAAACCGACAUUUAUGAAGAAAGCGUGACUCACUUGGAAAAUGUUUACAGAAAAAAAUCAACCGACAUUGAUAAACAAAAAUCCAAUUAUUUAAAAAAUGACGUGACGAGUGACAAGCAUGUAUUCGAAACAUUUGUUAAAAACCUGGAAAAUAAUAAAAAAAUGGAGUCUUCGAAAAGUGACGACGUCGACGCCGUUCAAAUCAAAAAACGUUGCGAUGAUUCCAUAUCGACGAAAACGAAAGGAACGUCUAACGCCACGAUCAAACUUAAAAAACCGACCGAAUCGGAAUCGAAACAUUUUUACACAUCAUCGAAAAAUUUGAAAAUUCAAAACGUUCAAAAUGAUUUGGUCGAUAAAAUUAGCGAAACAUCCAAACUUGUCCAGCAAGAAACGUUAAAAAAAAAAUUACACGGUCAUCAGGGUAAAAGACAAGCGAUAAAAGUUCAAAAUUUGAAACCUUCCGACGAACUCGAAUUGAAAAAUUUCCCCGAAACUCACAGGCACGUGAAAAAUCCUAACGAAAACGCGCCGAGAUCGAAAACCUCCGGCCGGAAAAUGUCGCCGCUCAAUCAAACCAUGGUAUUCAAACCUAAAGAAAAAUCUACCGUGACGUCAUCACCGGAAAAAAUAAAAUCCUCCGAAUCGAUAAUUAAAUUUAAAACUCUCGAAAGCGAAUCGUUCGAUAAAAUCGAGUCGAAGGAUAAAAAAAUUUUCUUCGAUAAAAUCCCUUUGAAAAAAUUAACGGAACGUCACAAUCGGAAUCCUCCGUUACGAGACCCGAAGGAAAACGAAGAAGAACGCAUACCUUACGAACCGGAAAAUGUUUUGUACGAAUCGAAAACUUCGAGAACCGUCGAAGAAAAUUCAUCGCGCGAAUCCAUAGAAUUGAAAAGAGGGAAGAAAAUAACCGGAAGUAAUAAAUACGAUUGGGAAAAUAAUUUGAAUGAAUAUCGUCGGAUAGUGAGAGACAUAUUGGGUCAAUACGAAAGAACGAAAGAUUACCUAAAACAAGACAACAAUUUGAAGGAAGUCGAGAGUUCGUCGAAUUGGUACAAAUAUCCGGAAGUUAAAAAAUCGGACGGAAGUGAAUGCGACGAAAAGGCAAAUCUUUCCGCUUACAGAAAUAAUAUUUUAUGGCAAUUCACUAAAAAUCCCGUCACGGAAAAUAAAAUUAAAUCGAAAAAAAAAAAUUUACAAAUCGUAUCGAAAUUAAAUCGGGAUUCGGAUUUACUAGACGUCAAAGAUUAUCCCGUGAACGUUUGCAACGUGUUAAAUUCGCAUUUGUACGUUGAUAAGAAAAAAUUGAAAAAAAAACUCGCGGAAAACGUUCGAUCGUUUUACCGUUAUUUCAGUGAGGAAAACGUUCGAACGGAUGAUGCGAACGUUCAACUAUCCAUAGAUAAACUUCACAGAAUGAAUUCUCAUCCUAAUUCGAAUAAAAUUCGAAUGCGAUCGAAUAAUACGACGACAGAACGGGUAGUACCGAGUACCGAGUACCGAGUACCGAGUAUUAUUCGCAUCACAAUUAAUUUAUUCACAAGUACCUGUUUUAUUAGUACCCGAAAAUAA